CUCAGAAACCUCAGUUAAGGUUUUAAAGGUCACUACUAGGUAUCGCUACUAUCGCUACUACUUCUUGCGCAACAAGCUAAACAAGAACAAAUCAUCUCCAUAGCAAACAACCUUUCAACAUAAAUCUCUGGUGCAAAUACAACAAAUAUCUCCUCCCUUUCUUGUUUUAACCCGUUUUAAACCCGACUGCCUAGAAAUUUUCACUCCUUUAUGAAUUUCUUCAUUAACUUUCCCGGGGUUCAACAUCCUUCUCCAUUCAUCAACCUAAACUAAAAUCGGCUCUGCAUCACCUUCAAGAUUGCCGGCUCAUCAAAUCAUUCAACUUCUACCUAUUCGCUCUCGGCCCAUUCGAUUUCCGGUCCGAUGUCUUCGUAUAGCAACUAUUCCGACUCGAGCUGCGGCUCCGAUACCGAGUCGGUAUCUUCAUCAGUUUACUAUGCUGAACAAGAACCAUUUGUCACGUUUAGAAAUCGUGUCCUCGACUUAGCUCUUCACAAAAUCUGGCCCGAUGCCACUGUGGACGAGAUCACCAUUGAGCGUAUGAUGGGAGGCGGAUUCAAUCGCAUCAUCGGUAUAUCUCGACAUUCAGCUCAGCAACCGGACAAUUAUGUCCAAUACAUUCUUCGCGUCCCCCGUUUUUCAGAUGAGCCAUUGGACAGUCAAGUUGGCACGCUGCAUUUUCUGCAAAAACACUACAGUAUUCCGGUUCCGAAGGUCAUUAAUUUCGACCACACGGACAAUAAUGAGCUCAAUUCUAGAUACAUGAUCCAAAACCGCGUUCCUGGAGAAAUUCUACUCUCAGCAUACCCAAAACUCACCCAUGAAGAGCGGUGCAAGCUUGCACAGGAACUUGGUCAUCUUUAUUCCCAAAUGCUAGCCACUACAAGUGCAACCUCUACUAUCUUGGUGCCGCCUGAAAAAGAGGACAUUCGAGAUCCUCCUCUUCCCCAAGAUAUCCAUAAGAUGCUUGACGUCAUCUUCAAGGACCAGAAAGCCGCCGAGCUAAAAGUCCGGCCCAAUUCCAUCAUCCAACCCAGUCUUCUUGACCAAUUCUGCGAAAUGGCUGCCGAGUUGAAAGAUUAUGGCUGGUUUGACGACUGCCACAUUUCUCUAGCGCAUCUAGACCUGGAGCCGCGCAACAUACUGGUCAAUCCUACAUCAGACGCAAGCUCUCCUGUUAUUUCUGCCAUUCUCGACUGGGACAGCGCGGUUUUCGCCCCCCAGUUCAUGUGCUGCGAGCCGCCUCUUUGGCUAUGGGCAUGGCAGGAUGAAGAAGAAGAGGACGAGCGUACAGGCAACGAGGAGCCGCCAACGCCAGAAGGACGCGAGCUCAAACAGCUCUUUGAAGAGGCGGCUGGUCCAGACUAUGUUCGAUUUGCAUAUAAGCCUUGCUAUCGGUUGAUGAGAGAGCUUGUUCACUUCGCCAUCCGUGGUUUAUGUUCCAAUGAAGACUACAAGGAAGCCAGAAAGAUGCUACAAGAGUGGGAGGAACUUUAUCAUGAUGAAUCAAGCACUUAUGUUGAUAGCGAGGAGGAUAAAUUUUCAGACACAAGUAGCGGGAUCACUUCGGUGGAGGAUGAAGGGUCGAUUGAUAUCAAGGCAGAGAAGGGCUACUUUACUAUACAAAACUAUAGUACUACUGCUUGGUCUGGCGAGGGUGUCAUUAUACAACAGGAUGAGAGCACUGGUGCUUGGGUGGAUUGGUAGAUGCAGAAUUAGUAAUUCAAGUACUUGAUGUUCUUAAACAGAAUUUAGCAAUACCCC